UGUAUUACAUCAUGACUGGUUUACAGUAGGUAGUUCUCGCACGUUUAGCAAAGAACUGAGUAUCUUUAAGUAACUUCGAAUAGAUGAAAAUAAAUAUAGCUGUUGAAAUGCAAGGACAUACAAACUAUCAGUGGAUAUAUGCAGGCGUUGCUUCCAUUGGAUUCUUGCUGUACGGAAUGGAAGCCGGCUGGUUAUCUCCAAUAACGAAGUCACUCCAAUCGGAACACUCUCCGCUGGGGUACCCGCUGUCCAAUUCAACCAUAUCACUGUGUGCUAGCGUCACGGCUAUCUCAUCGGCAAUUACCGUCCCUCUGUACUCCUACCUGGUCGAUAAAUAUGGACGGAAGUGGAUUAUCUUUGCUAUUACUAUUCCACAAGCGCUGUCCAUUCUAAUUAGAAUAAUGUUCCCAAACGUUGUAGUACUCUUGAUAGCCAGGUCUGCCGCUGGUGUCUCCGCUAGCGGGAUUUUCACUAUAUGCACGAUAUACACUCGAGAAAUCAGCCAGUCAAACAUGAUCGGAAGGCUGGGGUCGCUCCAAGUUGUGCUCCAGUUCACAGGAUAUUUGAUAAUUUACCUCAUCGGAGCAUUCUUUGAAUAUUUCACAGUAUUAUGGAUAUUUCUGGCUUUUCCAAUUACAAUGGCAGUUUUGAUGAUCAGCGCGCCCGAAGCGCCGGCUUAUUUGGUGAAGAGAGGAAAGAUUGAUGAUGCUUACAAAACAGUCGCUUUCCUGAGAGGUGUAAAGACUGAUGACAUGGUCGUUGUGAAUGAAAUAGAUGAAAUGCAAAAACAAGAAGAAGAAUUCAGGUCUUUGUCCAAAAUUGGAAUGAGAACUAUUAUAAGAGACAAAUCUUGGCGACGAGGACUCAUCAUCAUGCUUGCCACCUUCACACUUUACUCGUGGAACGGAGCUUUCGCAAUUCUUACUUAUGCGUCCGCCAUUUUGUCGUCGACCGGAAACGUGUUUGACAUAAGUCCACAGUUACAGACCAUAAGCUUUCCUAUCGUGAUGAUCAUUGCAUCGUUAUCACUGACGGGCGUCGCUGAAAGAUUUGGACGAAGGGUUUUGUUAGCUGCCGGCUUCUUGUUUUCGGGGCUCGCUCUUACAGCACUGGGUGUUGCCAUGUUACUGAAGCAGCAUGGCCACGUGGUACCAAGCUGGCUACCGAUCACAUCCAUGCUGGUGGCCGUGGCGAUGUACGCGGGGAGUGUGCGACCGCUGCCCUAUAUCAUUUCAACUGAGAUGUUCAAUUUUCAAGUCCGUGCCAAAGUUAUGGGCAGCAUCGUCACGUACGGUUGGGUCAUCGUCGCCACACAACUGUUUGCUUACGGACCCCUGACCGACACGUGUGGCUUGCACGUCACUUUCAUCUGCUAUGGAGUCAUUAACUCCCUCGGUGUUAUUAUGUGUUACAUCAUGCCUGAGACGAAAGGGAGGACAGAUCAGGAAAUAAGACAAGCGUUGGCACACCCAAAAACCAAAACUGUUCGUAAGCCCACGUAGCGUUUAUUGCCUUCAUCAACACGAGUACCACACAUUUUUUUUUCUAUCAUAUAACCGAUAACACGUUAUUCCUCAAUUUUGCAAUCAAUCGACAAUGACGACGAGGAUGUAACACGCCAAGCUGCAGAUGCUUCUCUGAACUGAUACCAUCUCACAACUAAAAUCUAGAUAUUGUUAAAAUGUCUACUUUGUCAGGAUUUAAAGAGCAUUUAACAUUCCCCACGUAGCACUCUAGUAUGCCAUGUAGAUUUAGAAAUAGGUGUAAAGUACAGGAGAAAUGGCGAACGAGAUUUUUACUCAUUUGGCAUUUGCAAUCUCGGAAGAACUUCAUUCUUAACGCUCCUCCCCUGAAGCCAUUAAAGCAGUACUUGUGCACAUUUGCAAAAUUCUUUGGAAAUUUUGGAGCAAACGGGGCUACAAAUAACCUCGGAAACAAUCAUAAAUUAAUUGCUGUGACAUCCAGCAGUGUGGACACUUCGUGUAUUUUAAAUUUCAAUAGAUAGCAUUUUCCUCACCUUUUUUACUGUCUAGGUACUCAUUUGUGCUUAUUUUAUGUCACGUGGUAACAUAACAUAGCACAAUUCUAAUAGAACACAACUACUAUUGGACGUAAUUCCAGAAAAACGUUUGCAACCUCAACCAUGUCGAAAUUGAGUUAAGAACACAAAACUGGUCACGUGAUUCAUAUUAAAGGACUGACAAAAAUGGCAGCCCUACUGUCUCUCUUUAAAUGACAUCAUGACUUGUAGCCCAACCCACAUGUACGGAAUACACUAAUACUUAUUAAACUUUGAACACGAAUUCCCUAAAAUGUGAUGUUUGUGGCUUGGAACGUUUUUCAGGAACUACCGUCUUAAUUCUUAAACAAUACAAAUAUGGAGAGCUUGAACAGUAAAUAUUGUGUUUGAGAAUUCAUCAGCAAUAAUAUUAUUCUUACCAGAUCCAAGUUAAAACUGAUAUCGAAAUCUUGAGUUGGAUAACAUUAAAGCAAUAUGAUAAAGUAGGUCUUAUUACUUAGUCUUAGUCUUUAUGAGCGAACUGAACUAGCUGACCCGGCAAACGUUGUAUUGCCAUAUAAAUUUUUUUAGAGUUAGACCGUUUCUUGGACAUUGCAACAUUACUUUAUUUUUCUAAAAAUUUUAUUAUUUAUUUUAUUCUAGAAAUUUACAAAAAUAAACGCAGCCUAUGUUACUCCUUUAUUUUUCUUUAGAAAAUUUAAUUAUCUUAUCUUAAAGAAAUAUUAAAAGGCAACUAUAGCCUGCAUAUGAAAAAAAUUGUGAUUGAGUUGUAUUAUGCCAUGCCUGCUAUAUGGCUGUCAAACCUGGGCAUUCACAAAAGAAAUAGAACAAAAAAUAGAAAAGACACAAAAAGCAAUGGAGAGAAGCAUAUUGCGGAUCAGAAAACUACAAAAAGUACGUAGUGAGGACAUUAGAAAGAAAACCAAGCUUACCGAUGCACUAAGACACGCGCUAACAUUGAAAUGGCAAUGGGCUGGCCACAUUGCACGCUUCACAGAUAGAAGGUGGACAAUAGAGACCACCAAAUGGAAAGGACCACCAGGUAAAAGAUGCUCUGGUAGACCAAAGCAGAGAUGGGCAGAUGACAUCGUGCAGUCGGUGGGGAGAAACUGGAUCGAUCAGGCCAAGGAUAGGGAAAAAUGGAAAAAGUUGAGGGAGGCCUAUACCCAAAAUGGGGUCCAUAACCAAAGUUAUAUAGAAUAAAUAAUUAAACUGGUCACUCUAAAUAAAAUUAACACUAGAUUUUAAGAACUUUAAAUUACUAACAUUUGUUUGUAUAUUAUGGGUUAUGGAAUAAAUGGCUUAUUAUUA